AUGUUGGCGCCCGUGACGGCCAUCGCGUCGAUCGAUCUCCAAUGCCACGUGCUCGACGUCGACUACGCAGCGAGCUGCACCUCGGGCUCGGUCCAGAUUGGCCAUCUGGACCGUAUGGCGCUUUUGAUUGGCUUGGUCGUCGGCUCCCAUGCGAUCUGCUACGUUGUUGUCUCGUGUUGUGUGCAGUUCCGGCCGUCCACCGCCGCCUCGUCACUCUUUCUCACGUCGGGCGCUACGUUUUUGUUUACGCAAUCCCCGUGGAUGUACAAGAAUGUCUAUUAUGUGGACCGCGCGUCGGCAGCCCUUAAUGGACUGCUCACGCUGCGCUGGGGCCAAAAGUUGGUCGUCCUCGACAUCAAGAUUUGGCGCGCAUUUGUCGUGUCGACUGAAACCAUGCUGCGCGACACUCCGCCGCCGCUGCAGGCCGCACUACCACUCGUCGUUCAGUAG